AGUCGAGUCAAUCAGUUGACAUCACCCAUUUCAUCUUAGUCAUGCAGUAACUAAAACUUCGUUUUCAAGAAAACUCUGUUUAAUUAGAGAAUUCUCUUUUCUCUCUUCAACAUUGAUCAUUUAGUCUUUCUUUUUGCUUCAAAUUCAAUCAAAAAUUUCCAGUAAAUAAAACCCCAUUUGUUGAUUAAGGGUUAGUUUCAAAUUCCUAAUUACUGGAAAAAAAAUCAGCAGAGAAAUUCUUAGAUACAACAAUGGGGAUAGAGCAUAAAAAUAAGCACAAGAAGGAGAACCCUGAUUAUUUGGGAACCUAUGGUGCUGGACCUUACUCAAGCAGUAUUUCGAAAGUCGAAAAAGAUAUAAAGAGACUUGUUAAGAAAAUCAAAGUCAUAAGUGGUGUUAAGGAAUCUAACACUGGUCUAUUACCUUCUAAUCAAUGGGAUUUUAAGUCUGAUCUUAUAAUGAUGGCGAAGCAAAGAUCUCUCUCGGUUGCGAGAUGCACCAGCAUAAUCAACCCUUACACUGAAGAAGCUAAAUAUGUGAUUAAAUAUAACAGAGGAAAAAUGUAUGUUGUUGGGCUUGGUGAUCAUGUUUCUCCAAUUGAUAUAGAUGAAGGCAUGCGAGUGGGGGUCUCAAAAACAUUUCAGAUAGAAAUGCCCUUACCUCCGAGAAUUGAUCCUGUUGUGGCCAUGUUCACAGUAGAGGAGAAGACGGAUAUAACAUACAAUGAUAUUGGUGGAUGCAAAGAGCAGAUUUUGAAGAUCCGAGAAGUUGUUGAAUUACCCAUGUUACACCCAGAGAAGUUUGUUAGGCUCGGAAUUGAUCCACCUAGGGGAGUAUUGUUUUAUGGUCCUCCUGGGACAGGGAAAACACUGAUAGCCAAAGCUGUGGCUAACAGAACUGACGCCUGCUUCAUCCGUGUAGUUGGAACUGAGCUCGUCCGUAGAUAUAUUGGUCAGGGCCCAAAAAUAGUGCGUCAAAUAUUCCGGAUGGCUAGGUCAAAAAAGGCUUGCAUUAUUUUCUUUGAUGAGGUUGAUGCCAUUGGAGGUGCACGUUCUUCUAACAGUUUUAGUGGUGGCAAUGACGUACAACGUACUAUGCUUGAAAUUGUAAAUCAGCUUGAUGGAUUUGAUGCCCGUGGAAACAUCAAAGUUCUCAUGGCCACGAACAGACCAGACACUCUUGACCCAGCCCUCAUGCGUCCUGGACGGGUGGAUAGGAAGGUUGAGUUUGGCCUUCCAGAUUUAGAGGGUAGGACUCAAAUAUUCAAGAUUCAUGCCAGAAAAAUGAAUUGUGAAAGGGGUAUUCGUUUGGAUCUUCUUGCUCGCAUUUGCCCCAACUGUACAGGUGCUGAUAUAAGCAGUAUAUGCACAGAAGCUGGAAUUUAUGCCAUUCGAGCUCGAAGGAAGUUUGUGACGGAGAGGGAUUUCAUCGAGGCAGUGAACAAAGUCAUGAAAGGAUAUCGGAAGUUUAGUGCAACUCCUGAAUACAUGAUGUUCAACUGAAAGACUACUAAUUUUUUUGAACAAAACAAAUUGCAAAUAUCUUGAUAAAAUUUUAACUAACUAGGAAGCUGUACAACACUCGACAUUUUCUUUACUGUCUGCGCGACUGAUUUUUUUACUGUCUGCGCGACUGUGAAAGAAGUUUGGCAAUAUAACAAACUUGUUCUCUACUUAGCAAAGAGAGUUGUAAUUUUGUAAUUUCACUUGUAGUGGGCCCCACCAUCUUCUUCUCUCUGUUCAGUGAAUACCAUGUUCUGUAAGUAACG